GUCCACCAGUGCACCACUAGAAAAAAUAUCCCCUGAAGAUUGUUGUGUGUUGUCAUGUCAUUAUACGCAACAUCAUAGGCCUAGAUGGAUGCCGGUGAUCAGCAUAUCUGGGACUGCAGUUAUCAUGUUCAGUGUGUUUUCAUUAACAUUUAUCAAUUUAGGCUAGUUAUAAUGACUGACUCACACGCCAUUCUGUUUGUUGCGCAAACCUCAACAUUUGUUUAUUGUGUUUCAUAUCACAGGCCCACAAAUAUUUAUCAUUCAUUCAUCUUCUAACCGCUUCAUCCUCUUGAGGGUCGCGGGGGGGCUGGAGCCUAUCCCAGCUGACAUCGGGUGAGAGGCAGGGUACACCCUGGACAGGUCGCCAGACUAUCACAGGGCUGACACAUAGAGACAAACAACCAUUCACGCUCACAUUCACACCUACGGACAAUUUAGAGUUAUCAAUUAACCUAAUCCCCAAUCUGCAUGUCUUUGGACUGUGGGAGGAAGCCGGAGUGCCCGGAGAGAAUUUUAAUACAAAGUGGUAACCACUGUAUGUGAAUGCAUGAGUGGGUCAGGCCUGCAGUUUGAAAUGAACUGUAAUAAACUGGAGCUUCUGUGCUUUGAUUACCUGCUGUGAAACAACAUGACUAUCAUCCAUUUAAAAUGAACAUUAGUUCUUCUGAGCUCAUUUUGGUAGUAGUAGUGUAAUAAGCAACUUCUCUACAAAAAGAGUACUAUUGUAAAGUACCUUAUCACUUUCAAAUGAAGGUAACCAGUAAUACAUUACAUUUUGAGAAUAACCUGCCCAACAGUGCUAAUAGGUAACUGUAAACUAGCAAUAUGACCUCAAUGAAGUGUUACAUAAACAAACCUCUGACUUUUAUUUUGAAAGUCAUAACCGGAACCCCAUUUUACAGCGUGUGUAUCUUGAUGCUCCUACGGUACCUGUCAAACAGUCUGUUCUCCUCAGUGUUUCGCCGAAAUGCCGGUCGGCUUCAGCCUCUCAGGGCUACAGAGUCCUGGUAGCCUCCCACCUUUAACCCGACGUAGCCUAUAUAUUUAGACGUGACGUUGCGUUAAAGGGGUGAACACCGGCACACUUAACGCUUUGCUUCUCAGUCCCGGAGGAUUUGUUCCUCUCUGCAGCGCCCUGCAUUGCAACGGAAUGGGAGCUGAAUGAAUUGAAAGUCGGUCGUGGAUACAGGCUGAUGGACGAGGAACAACAGGAGGAAUAGAAGCCUGCAGUAGCCCGAUAUAGUGUUGAACGCCGGCAUGACCUACAUACCACAGAGCUUCAUGGAGCGUCUUCAGGACAUCUCUGCGGAUGGAUACAGUAACUGACGUCCUGUUCAACCUUGUAACACAGUCAUAAGUGACCUUCAUUUUUAUUUGCUGCUGCAGGACUGUCCAUAACAAGACACGUGAAUGUGUAUACGUUCAAUGCAAAAUAAGGGAAGAGCAUGAAAAGCAUUGCAUGCUGGAUGUUUUGCUAACCUUCUGGAGUCAAGAGGAAACCAAAGGGAAAAAUUACUGAAGCAGGUGGCUCUAAAAUUUACUCUCGGUAUACUGUUGGACUAUACACCAGCUUUGCUCUUUGGAUUAACCUCCAGCUCAUGAGGCCCACAGUGGAGCUGGGAUCAAAGGUCCAAAGACAAGCAGGGCUGAAAGGUCUUUUUAAGCAAGCAGCCUGUAGAUGCCUUAUCCACUCAUAAGUGAGAGAUUGUAUGGCAAUCACUAAUUAUGCUGUGACCAGCAAUAAAGUUAACAGCCAAGCAUUAAAAAGUGAGGUGCUGUGCAGGAAAAGUCAAAGAGAUAUUGUUGGCUUUUAGCAACAUCAACUGUCGCCAUUAUGCUUCUGAAAUGCGGGCAGCCGUUACCGCUUCUGAAGCAUACGGAUGUACCGCCUCGGGUUAUAGAGAACUUCAUCCUGACUGGCUACCGCUUCCCAAACUACAGCCUGAGGGAUUGCUUACUAUCAGCAUUCAGGCCCACUAAUGAAACAGGCAACUUCUGGACACACUUCCUCCCAGUUUUCAUUUUUUCGUACUAUUUUGUGGAGGUUUUUGGUUGGGAAGGUGCGCCACAUGGUGACACCCCGUUCUUCUACCCAUUGUGGAACUACUUUAUUGGGGUGUUCUGUCUGUUAAUGGCUAGCAGCAUGGCCCACCUACUUAACUCAAUGUCUCUGGUGGUUAGAGAAGUCUGCUUCUUUGUGGAUUACGGCACUAUCAGCUCCUACACGGUUGGCUCAUCAUUGGCGUACUACUACUAUAUCCAUCCCCGGGCAGGGAUAGUGGAGACAGGAGGCCACAAUGGCUCCCAUAUUGACUUGAAACAUGAGCCUGCAGGAUCUCUAACAUCAUCCUAUGCAAUCUCAGAUUUCAGUGUGUUCUUUGAGACCUUCUACAUCCCGUGCGCGUGUGUUGUUGCAAUCAUUUGCGUCUUAUCUUGCUGCAAUACUCGCCAAAGGUGGAGGCGGCACAGAUAUCUCAUCCGAACCCUUGUUUUCCUCCUACCAUUCCUCGUGUCUUCCACACCAGUCUUCUACCGCCUCCUAACCAGAUCGCCUUAUGCCACCAACUCCUCCUCCUUUGCUGCCUCCACCUCCACGGCCAGCUUCUUCUAUCGCCACUGCCUCUGGCUGCUGGUGUCAGCCGUCUUCAACAUCAGCAAGUUCCCCGAGCGGCUAGCCCCGGGUCACUUCGACAUCUGGGGGCACAGCCACCAGUGGUUCCACUGUUGCACCUUUUUGUCCAUUCUCGACGAACUUCAUAUGAUCAAGAACGAGGUGAGGGCAAUUCUACUUAGCCCAACUCUGCUGCUGCCCCCUGCCACCCUCUCCCACCUACCUGGACCUACUAUAGCUUCCACCUACGGGGUGAUGCUCCUCCUCCAGACCACCAUCAUCUCCAUCAUUGUGUGGUUCUCCUGGUGUGCCAACUGCAUCUACGGACCCCAGAGAGACCAGCUAGCUAAGGAACAACCCAAGAAGCACCUGAAAUGCCACUGAUCACACAUAUUUUUUUUAUCAUCCCAACUGUGAAGUAAGAAUUGCACAUGCAUACAGAGUAAUGCCGCAAAGAAAAGCGCACAAGUAAAACAAUAUUUCCCUCCUCAUUUCAAGUCCCUCAUAUGUUCCAACCCCUUAGAGAACAUUUUUCAAGCUUUCAUAAGCAGAAAUCAGGGACAACAGCAGAUGAAAGGAUUAUAUUCUGAGCGCACCACAGGGUGGCUGUCUGGUUGAGUGGAUAUUGAAAGACCUUGCCAGUUCUUUCCCCUGAGCUGCUCCAGCAUGUUCCAACAGGAUGUCUGAGCAGUGGCGAUAAUAGCUACCUCUAGGGACUGCACACUUGAGGACACAGGAAAGGUGUUGGUACCCAGGAGAACAUGUUUCAUAAAACAUUUGGCUGAUGUGGUUUAAAUGUCAGCGUGACAAUUUACAGAAGUUGCUGAUGUGUAGUCUGUUGUUAAGUAGUUCCUCCUGCUGCACUUCCCCCUUUCUCUGACCUUGAGCAGCAUCUUUUUAAAAAAAACUCUCUGCUAUGGUUUAAACUGUUGUUUCACAUUGACUGAAUCUUUUUCUGGGUUAUGCUAACCACACCUCUUCUUCUGACUUUCAUGAACGCUCACACGCAAUCUCAUUUCCUCUCUCUUCAAGUGACCCUUGCAGCAGGAAGUGCAGUGGCCUUGACGAAGCAGCAGAAAUAGCUGAGAGCUCGUAUCAGUCAUACAGCAAAGCACUUUCAGCAGGCCAGUCAAACUUGCCCCGUCAUUAAGAAGCCAUGCUCGCGUUUAACCUUAAGGGAUGUGUAACAGUCUGAAGCAUACAUUGACGUCCUGCUGACAUGUUUUGCUGGAAUACUUGGGUUAUAUAGAUGUGAGUAGUGUGUAUAGUGAAUACAUCUGCUGUAUGAUUGGUAUUCAUUACGCUGAUGGCUAGUUUCCAACAGAUUAUGUUCACACUACAUAAAGUCCUUUAGCUCAGAUUAAAUGUCAUGUAAAUCAGAUGUUUUCUAAUCAGUAUGAAAAGCUGUUGGACCUGGUAAACACUGUACAUGCAUAUCUUUUUGCAGACAGCUCAUGUUCAUCAUUCAAAAAACAUCAGAGCAACAGUGUAAAAGCCUGCUUUGCGAACAUAGAUGAAAUGAGGAAAUCAAAGGCUGCUAUUUAUGUCAUGUGAUGUAUAGCAACCUCUCGGAGUAAAAGCCAUACUUUGGAAAAGUGAUAGCUGAAAUAUUGGCAGUAUUGUACUGUUGUACUACUUAAUCAGGAACUUCCUGAAUAGAUUUGCACUUCAUAGAUAGAUCAGGUUAAUAUUUCACCCAGCAGUUUGUAGCUGUCAUGUAUUUAUCAUAAUAGUUAAGUCACAGAGCUAAGCAUACAUCUUUCAAAAAAAAAAAAAAACACCCCACAAUCUUUGAAAAACCCAGAGGUAAUUCAAUAGCACUCACAGCUUUUCUGACGGUCCUGACACAAUCCUCAGUGACUCUCAUACAGGGCCCCUGAAGUCCCUCAAAAGUUGUAUUAUCGGUUUCAUUAUUAUAUCAUAGCUCUAUACGAAAAUACACUUUUCUUGUAUUUUACAAAAUAAGCAAAGAGAGACGUCAUUUUUUGGUUAGCUGGAUUAGAAGCAGAAAGGCAGAUAUGGAAACAGGUUGAAUUUUUUUUUAUUGUGUUUUAUUGUUUUUUUUGCAGCAGACAUUUUGACUUGUAAUAGUUGGAAAAGCACAGGUGUAUUUAUUAACAUUAAUGAUAGCUGCAUCCUUAGGGGAGGUCCUGACAUUGUUCAUGCUAUCUCGCUUGAAUAGCUUACUGGGACACUUAAUGGAACUGAGCCAAUGCUCAUUGUCAUAUGCUGUAAAGCCCCCCUGAGGCAAAUUGCGAUUUGUGAUAUUGGGCUUUAUAAAUAAAAUUGAAUUGAAUUGAAUUAAUCUUCAGUUUCACCUGUGCUUUUCCUGCUAUGACAUGUCAAAAUGUCCGCUGUGAAAAAGGUAUAUUAGAGCUGUCCAUUUUUGCUUUUGACAGGCCGACACCCAUUAACUAGUAACUAACUAGCUGAUAUUUAACAACAGCAACAACAAAAAAUACAAGAGGCCUUUUGUUUUAAUCUGGCGCUCCAUUGCCUUAGUGAGCUUUAGCACUGCAUUUCAAAGCGCUGUCCAUUUAGAUUUGGUGUGACCCAGCAAUGCUGUUGGGUCAAGACAAUGUCAUAGCAAGUACUGCAAAAUGAGCAGCAUCGCUAGCUGUUUAGCUCCUACCAGACCUGGGUGGUGCGCAGUGCUGUAAAGAGUAGCAAAAUUAACCUAUAGGCAGACAUGUUUAACAGCUCCAAAAUAUCCUCAGGGGUUAACUGAUUAACAGUUGACAUCUGUAAUCCCGAUGGACAGAAAAUUGAAUUUUCAAAACAACAUUAUGUGUUGUUAAGGAUAUUGAUGCACAAUAUUGGAUCUUUUGCUGAUUUCUGAUAUGCUGUUAUAUAACAACUUCUAUAGCGGAUAUCGAUACAUCCACUUUUUUCUGCUGCCUAAUUUUAGCGAUCGUCAAGUCUUUUCUGUAGUGGAAUUAUCAUUUUAUGCAUGCAUACUCUUCUCGUGAUGGCCCACCAGCAGAUGGAGACAUGAAAUAGAAUGCUUAUCAAUGUAUAUAAUCUUCAUUCAUUGUGCAAAAUAAGAAAAAUCAUGUUGGCCAAUUCUGAUAGUUCAUUUUAAAGCAGAUAUUGGCCAAUACCGAUGACGUGCAGAUAUUAUUGUGCAUCCCUAUUUAAAGACCUUCUGGGUUUGCAAAGAUCACUGGGUAUUAAUUAUCUUAGAAUGCCUGGGUCUGCAAGAGCCAUAAACUGAGGCCACCAUGUUGAUUAAAUGCUAACAUUGCCAUAGCAGCUUAUUUUAAGAAACUUUUAACCACACAAACAGUGUUUAGCCAUAAAUUGUUAGCUGGUACAGUAUGUCAUUGCUGUAGCUUCAUGUCAGGAUAACCCACGUCUGCUUUCCUGUCAUUCUUCUUAAAUCUGCUACUCAACAGGUUUUGUCAAUAUAUUGUCUAACACAUGCUUAUGUCAGUGAUAAGCAUUAUGAUUCGUUUAGUCUGACAAAAUCCUCGUCAUGCUAGCUAGUUUUCAUUUCUGCUGGGUGAUAUGUAGUAGUCAUUUCUAUUCAGUCUGUCUUCAACAAAAAUGAAUGUGGUGGGUUCAAGAGCUCAAAGUGUAGGUAAACAAGACGCUUAGUGCUGCUGUGUUCCUGAGCCUGACCUCCCUGAUGAGGGAAGAGGAAAUAGGAUUUCAGUACAGAAUUAUGAAAAAGAGUUCCUUUGUUGUUUUCUUUGCACACUGGAAAUGGAUCAGAUUAAUGUAUGUUUUCUCUGUGUUUACUUGUUAUUCUGUCACGUCCUCUGUGGUGUGUGUCCCGUCAAGCAGUCCUUUUCAGAGGGGAGUUACAUCUUACACUGUAAGCUCUUACUCACGUCACAUUUACAUGUUAUUAAUUCAUGUUGAUCACUGUCUAAUUUCAGAAAUGUUAUGAUUACUGCUGAAUUAGUUCUACUCAUAUCUGCACAUUUACUUAUGUUUUGAUGCAUUCACUUGCACAAGAGAAAGUGUUUAGAUGAAAGCUGAGUUGUUAAUUAUGUACGACACUGGAAUGACAACACAAGAACCAUAUAUGUGAUAAUCAUGCUGUUACGGUGCACUUUAAAGCUUCUGUAAAGCUCCUCCAAACGUUCCUUUUAUAAGGGUCAGCCCUGCAGUACUGUAUUAUUUCAGCACAUUUCAGGUUUGCUUUCUAAAGAAUGAACGAUGCAUCCAGUAUUGAAGCGAUGUUUCUACCUCAAUAGAGCACAUGUGUCACUCUGUCACUGAGAAGAACAUCGUAGAAACAGAUGUUGUCCACUCAUCUUUUUAGACUGUGGAUGCCACACUUGAAUCUAUUAAAGUUCAGUAUGUGAAUGUUAGACUUAAACACUGCUGUAUCUUACCCAGUCAAGCACUCAGAGGUAAUUGAGGAACGAUACUCAUAUAUUAUUUACACAUGCAUUUAAAGGUCCUGAAUGCGACAUUCAGAGCAUUAAUAAAGCAGCAACAUUAGUAUUUGCUAUGUAAAGAUAUAGCGGAGUAAUGGUGUUAUAGAAAACUCGCGCUCCCUCUGUGUGUGUUGUAAUCCGAGCUGCUUUGUGGGUUGUUGCUGGUCCAUAUGCCUCUAGUUUGUGUGUGUACCCCACUGGCUAGCUCAUCCCCGCUCACACAGCAGUUACCACUAAUAUCGGGAUGGCGGUGACAUAGAAACAUAGCUAACCCUUUACUUUCCUCCUGGUUAACACUGUUAGCUCUGUCAGCACUGUAGCUAUAUUGUUUAUUGCUGUUUACAGAGUUAGCACCUUUAGCUGCUAGCUGCUGGCUCAGCUACUUCCAUGUUGAGAACCAUGUGCAGGCAGCUCUGAAUUUCGCAUACAGCCCCUUUAAAUAAUGAAUAACUAGAGGUGGAGGAUAAUUAUAGAUUAUGUAACUUAAUGCUGAAUGAGUGACAGCUCACCUUCAUUAUGUUAACAGAUGUGUCAGAUAGUACUAAUAUGGAUGAUUUAACAUUUAUUGAAUAAAUUAUAUGGAGAAUUGUCAUUGUGGGCAUUGAUUUCUUUUACUGUGUAGAGGUUUAUCACAAGGCUUCAUGGCCCUAGAUUUUAGCCAACUUUGGAUCUAGCCAUCAGCAGCACUGAUACUAUUUGCUCCAGAGAGAAUAUCUGAAUUGCAUGAUUGCAUCAUGAUCCCCAGAGGAUGAAUCCUUAAGACUUUAAUGAUCUUAUUUGACUUAUCAUGUAGGGCCACAGAUCAAAAUUUUGACUUGUACAAACAGUAUUCCUCUAAAAAUAACGACAGACAAUGUCAGUAAACAGUAAAACAGUAUUAAGUAGUAGUAGUAGUGGAGUAGUAAAACAUUAUCAUGUACGCAUGUGAGCUAUGGUUGUCAUGCUGUACAUUGUCAGCAUGGUAACAUGCUAAAUGUUACACUCAACUGUACAACUGUACCUUUGAGAGAAGAUAAGAUAUCUUUAUUUUUUUGUAGGAAUUUUGGGUGUUUAGCAGCCUAGGACAAUUCAUGUUCUACAGUGAACACUUGGUGGAUAUUUUGACUUCUUUUAGAUGAAUAAGAAAGCUUUAAAAGAAGCAUUUCAUGUUUGGAAGCGAGAUUCACAGAAAAGACAUAGAAACUGU